AUAGACAAACAAAAGUUACGACUUUGUUUUGUGGGUGAACUGCCAGAACCCUUUAUCGUUCUAGUUAUGUUAAUUUGCCGAAAGUAUCUCCCGACCUUUCUCUGUCACUGUCAUCACACUAGGGGCAGAGCUGUAGUCAUACGUGACUUUUAAAAUUAUAAACGUACGAACUAAAUCCAAUUAGGUGGAAUGUUAAUGUGUCAUAUUUACCAGUAGGAUAUUAAGCGAAAAACAUGGAACGAUGGUAUUCAAAGCCUUUCAUUAUAAAAUUAGAUCUAUUUUAUAUGUUAACCCAGUUACUCGUUUAUGUCACUUAAAAACAUUUCUGUUGUGUGUGGAGGCCUAGAAAAAAUGUCCACAACACCCGUGUAAGUCUAAAUGGAUUGUCUAUGUUAGAGUGUUCGCGAAGUCAUGAUACGACGAUGUCAACAUCUUGUUUAUGUCCUUAAUCACAAUGACGACAUAUAUAGCAGUAAGAAAAAGGACACAUAUAUGGACGCCGUCUUUGAAAGUCAUGUUUGACCAGAAUAUGGACGCUUUCUUCAAAAGUCAAAAUUGGCCAGAAUAUUGACGCCUUCUUUUUAAGUCAUGUUUGGACAGAAUAUGCACGCCAUCUUUGAAAGUCGUGUUUGUCUUGGAGUGUAUAGGAACGUUAUUGUCAAGGGAGGCAACAAAUGGACUUACUAUUCUUAAUGGAUCAAUGUACAUCGGAAGAAAUCGAUUGAUUCACGACACCCGUAGAUUACAAUUAUACAAGACGAGCAGGGUUAGAACAGACAAACGUACAGUAUCGUGCUGUGUAUUUGUGAUAAGGAAUGACGAAGGAGUUCACGGCAUCGCUCAACAUGUCUAACGUUACUCUGGAGUAUGUAGAAUGGAGAGAGUUUGUCAACAAAGGAUUACUAUUCACUUUCUUUCUCAGCUUACUUAGUAUUACUGGAACUCUCGGUAAUGCAGUGGUUUUUCUGACUAACCUUCGUUGUGACAAACCGUCCAAUUACAGGACCCUGAUUCAAUGUCUCGCCCUCGUCGACUUCCUCAGCUGUGCUGUUGGCAUCCCUGGAUACGUCCUGAAGGCACGGUAUCAAUACACCAUUGAGUCGAAUACCCUUUGUCGGGUAUUAACAGUGUUUCAUUUCUACGUCGGGAUAACGUCGCUUACAAUACUGAGCUUUUCAGCAAUUGAGCGAUUCAGAAAAACAUGCAGGCCGUUUGGAAGUCAAUUUAAUCGAAAAGAAAUAAAACGAGUAUGUGUUUGUUUGAACAUUUUUGGAUUAUUGUUGUCUGCGCCUAGUGCAUAUGCGUUUAACUCAGAAGAAGUUAACUUACAGAAUGGCUCCUUGAUUGGACGAACAUGCAAACUGGAAAAAGACAGAAUAUUUUCGAGAGUAUAUAUUUCCGUGUUCAUAUUUUGUCUCAUCUUUUGUGUUCUUGUUGAUACUGUGUUCUAUUCUCUCAUUGGAAGGAAAAUCAUUUCACAGAAUAAACGGGGACCUAAAACAGUUUCGUUCAGAAAUCGACCUGUAAAAACACCAGAAGUUUCGUCAGACCGAGACAGAAAACCUGACAGCUCUCAGCGCAUGUCUAAUGUGUCUUUGACCUCGAUCUCUCAACAACAAGACCACAACAAUGCUACAAAGAGAAACACUUCAUUGAAAGGAAAAGCUCUGUAUGAAAAGAGUGUGCAAAUUUCAGUUAUGUUUCUGGUGUGUUCCCUCCUGUCAUGCGCGUCCUUUGUGCCCCUCUUCGUCUUCCGGUGUAUGGAGAUCUACGACGCGAAAUUACGAGAGAGGACAUUCGAAGCACUUGGUCCAAUGGCGGCCAUAUUGAAUCGUUUCCACGUGAUCAAUCAUGUGAUCAACCCAAUUGUAUACUGCUUGCUCAGCAGUAAUUUCAGGGAUGAAUGUCUUUCUCUUUUUAAAUGUAGAAAGAAGUAACACUGUUUCAGACUAAUCGACUGGUAGACCCAUGGACUUACCCUGGCGUCAACAAAGGUCAGCUUGUUCCAAACCUCUCAACAGAUUUCAGCCUGAGUAUAUGAUCAAACGUCGGAUAAAUCGAAAAUCUCGAAAGUAGACAUGCAAUGCGCUCUACAGGUUGUACUUUUCUUACUUUGCAAUAAGUGUGCUCCUUAAAAUGGUGUUCUUGCUUUCUAAAACGGCUAAUAUCCCACUUUUACCGUUUCAGAGUUCCGAGGAACAUUUUAAUGUUAAUCGAGUUAGCUGAUUCAUUAAAUUCAUAACAUACAAAUAUGUUAAGAAGUUGUCUUUCAUUAUAGUCAAUUCUAGUAUUGCUGUGACGUACAUUAUAUUUUAAAGCAUUGUCUACAUGGGUAGGAAAGUGUAUCGGAGGUUAUACGAUAAUACCUGUAGUACCAUACGUGUACAUCUAUAUAACAAGGUGUAACUCAAGUUAACAAAUGUGCAUGGACAAAUGAAUGCAAUACUGUAUACCAGGUUAAUUUCGCGUUUGUGUUAUUUUCGCAGAAGGAUUUCAACAGCGAAUACAACAAUGCAGCGAAAAUUUCAUGUUCAAUGCACUAUUGUAGGAUCUGAAUCAAGACAGUAGACACAGAUAAACACAAAGUGUGUCACGCAGUUCUUUUUAAUGGCAAAUAUUUUCAUGAAUUAAAAGAUCACGGAUGAGUUCUUGAAGGCGCCGAAACAGCUCCAUGGCGCAGUGUUGUUCAUUUCGGAUGAGUUCUUGAAGGCCGAAACAGCUC